GAGCAAGCAUUCUUUCAGUUGUGCCAUUCUGUUUCUGAUGGAAUUGCUGUGGGCCUGGAUAAAUGACCGGAAAUUGCUUGUGAAGGGAGAGGGAGAUCUGAUUUUGCAAGGGCAACUACCUACCAAGGGCUUGGCAGCAGAUAUGACCCCACAUGAAGCAUUCUAUGGGAGGAAGCCGGAUAUGGGGUUGGCUCGCGUGUGGGGCUGCAUGGUGCAGUACAGGGAGCCAGCUGGACCAACCCAUAAGCUACUACCUAGAAAAGAGUGAGUGUGACAGGGCAUUCUACUGGAGGGGAGCUGGAAAGGAGAAGGUGUACCUACUGCUCU